GUGGUGUUGCGUCGAUGGCCGAUGCAGAAGACGCUGCUGAGUGGUAGCAAAAAAAGCGUAUACGUGCCGGUUGUCCGUCGUCGUGCUCUUGGUUACGAAAAUAAAGUUGAUUUUUCCGUUUAAUUUAGACAUCGUGUUUUCGAACAGGCCGGCACGAUGUUGCAAGGCGUGUUUGACGAUGUCAAACGUAUGAACAAGCGUCAGUUUCUCUAUCAGAUCCUGAGCUUCGGAAUGAUCGUUUCUUCCGCUUUAAUGAUAUGGAAAGGUCUGGUCGUCGUUACUGGCAGCGAAAGUCCAAUCGUCGUUGUACUUAGUGGAAGCAUGGAACCAGCUUUCCACAGAGGAGAUUUGUUAUUUUUAACUAAUUAUCAGGAUGAGCCUGUUCGGGUAGGAGAGAUUGUAGUAUUCAAAGUAGAAGGUCGAGACAUUCCAAUUGUUCACAGAGUACUUAAGCUACAUGAAAAGGGCGAUGCAAACCACACCAUCAAAUUCGUAACCAAGGGUGACAACAAUUCGGUGGACGAUCGAGGUCUUUAUGCACCAAAUCAAUUGUGGCUGACGGACAAAGAUAUAGUUGGAAGAGCGAGAGGCUUUUUGCCAUAUGUGGGAAUGGUGACAAUUUACAUGAACGAAUAUCCCAAAUUGAAGCACACAGUACUCGCGUGUCUUGGUAUAUAUGUGCUUGUGCACAGGGAGUGAGGAUUGUUUCAUUUUUCGUUCUCUAAUCGAAUAUUGUCACGCAAACGAAUACAGCCUUCCAAAUUUUUUCCUCACGGAAGGCAUAUAAAAACUGUCAUCGCUCAUCAGUAUAUAUAAUAAUUGUAUAUUAUAUAUAUCAUAGCUAUUGUAACAUCACGCAAAUUUACAUCUGUGUUGGAUAUUAAAAAACAACAACAAAUAA